UAUUUUUUUAAUAUAAAAUAACAAUUUCUAAAUACAAAAUAACAUACAUCGGCUGCUUUGCACCGCUCGACGUCGGCUCGGGCGAAAAUUGGGUGUAGAAAUGUGGAUGCCAUACCAGGGGUGGCCGAAUCAGUCUUAGGGGGACACUUCUAUGACUUCUUCUAUGAGGUGGAGCAAGUUCUAGUGAGGGAUCCGAAUCGUGUGAAAAAAGAUAUGGUGGUGUCUCCUAACCCAGAUGGGAACAAUGGAAAAAAUCAGAAGCAAAACGUGACUCCUGGAGCUAACAUGGGCAGUUCUUCGACUGGGCUUGGAAGGAAAUCUCCAUCCAUUCCCCAGAGAGAAGUCCCUGACCCGAUUCGGGAGUCACAAGAGAGCAUGGAAUCUGAUGAUUUGCUCCAUACUACAUUGCUUAUCGAUACCAUGGAACAUGAAUUUGAAGAGAAAGAGAAAGUGGUGGAGGUGAUUGGUCAACAUGACUCUGAUUUAAAGGUGAUCAGUGAAUAUAGGGUGGAGUCGCCUGAGAUGAGUGCAGAGGUGAUUCCUGCCCCCCCUCUUGUUACUGAAGAAAAUCUCCGCUUCAGUCUGAGGAAUGUGCAGAGUAAUCUGGAGCGAGUGGAGGUCAAAGCUGCUGCGGCGGCAAAAAAGAGGGAUCUAGAAGAUAUCCCUGAUACUGAUUUUACUAGCAUUGACAUCCUUAGAGAACUGGAAAAAGCUAGAAACAAAGAAUACAUAGAGGGGAAGGAGGAUGACAAUGAUAAAAGAAAUAAUGUCUUGAUGUUAACUAAUGGGAAGGGGGACCAGACACCUUUUGAUCUGAGGUGGUGUGAGGAAAAUGAAGUAGAUGAGGAAUCCUUUACUAGGAGCAGGGAAGAAAGGAAUGACUUCAUGCUUCUCUGA